AUGGGAACAAGUAGAUCCAACAGGUACAGCAUUGUAUCAGACAUUCUACCAGAGGCGGAACGCCAGAAGAUCUCUAGUUUAGGACUCCCCAACGGCCACAGUUCCCCCAACUUCCGACUGCACUCCGCCUGCAAAAUAGAGACAGAAGACAGACUGAGGAGGUUGGGAGCCUUCGCUGCUGUGCCCAGCACGAGGGGACAAGGAGGGAUGAACAACUACAACGGGAAGAUUCUGACAAGGGGCUCCAACCAGGUACGGAGCCGGUUUGUAAAGAAAAAUGGACAAUGUAAUGUUGUAUUCACCAACAUGGAAGAAAAGAGGCAGCGCUACCUAGCUGACAUCUUCACCACCUGCGUGGACAUCCGCUGGAGAUACCUGCUGCUUAUAUUCUGCACCAGCUUCAUGGUUUCCUGGCUUUUCUUUGGCAUUAUCUUUUACACUGUGUCCCUGGCACAUGGGGACUUUGAGGAACACUCCCCACCACAAAAGAUGCCCUGCAUACUUCAUGUCCAGGGAUUUGUUGGGGCACUCCUGUUCUCCAUGGAAACCCAGACCACUAUUGGUUACGGCUGGCGCUGUGUUACUGAGGAAUGCCCUGUCGCUGUGAUAACAGUGGUGAUCCAGUCCAUUGUAGGUUGUAUCAUUGACUCUUUCAUGAUUGGCACCAUCAUGGCCAAGAUGGCGCGGCCAAAGAAGAGGAACCAGACCCUCAUGUUCUCCAAAAAUGCUGUCAUCGCCCUGCGCGAUGGCAAGCUGUGCCUCAUGUGGAGGGUGGGCAACCUGCGGAAGAGCCACAUUGUAGAGGCUCAUGUCCGUGCCCAGCUCAUUCGGUCAUACGUCACGGCUGAGGGUGAGUUUAUCCCCAAGGAACAGAUGGACCUCAAUGUGGGCUAUGAUGAGGGCACAGACAGGCUGUUUCUAGUAUCCCCGCUGGUUAUAGUCCAUGAGAUAGAUAAAGAUAGCCCCUUGUAUACUUUAAGCAGAUCUGAUCUGGAGACAGAUGACUUUGAGAUUGUUGUGAUCCUGGAGGGGAUGGUGGAGGCCACGGCCAUGACCACCCAAUUCCGUAGCUCCUACCUUGCCAGAGAGAUCUUCUGGGGUCACAGGUUUGAGCCUGUGAUCUAUGAGGACAGGGACCGCUACAAAGUAGACUAUGCCCGCUUCCACAAUACCUAUGAGGUGCCAUCAACACCUCACCUGAGCGCCAAAGAGCUUGAUGCGGCUGCAAGCCGGGCCUCUUCUGCUGCUUCUCCUGUCUCUGCAUGUAGAUCCACACAAGACUUGAUUCCCAGGUCACUGAGCGCCUUCUGUUACGAGAACGAGGUAGCAUUGAGCUGUGGGGAGGAAGAGGACGACAUCUUUGACUCCUCUCAGAUUGUAGGGAAGGAGAGGGCAGAGGAGAGGAGGACUUCAGUUUCUGUAGACUUCCAAAAUAUGUUCCAGGACACUGCAACCAUGACAUCAGGCAGUCACAGCGUCAUGUGUGUUCUGGACAUGGACAAUAACCAGAUGGAAUUUGACAUCCUACAGACUGCCAUUCCUCUUGAUCCUGUGACCUAUAAGAGCGAGCAAGACAUCUAG